AUGGGGAUCGAAAACCUAUCGGAAGAUUUGCUCAUGGAGAUCCUGUGGAGGCUUCCUGUAAAAUCCUUGCUUCAAUUCAAGUCAGUCUGCAAAAACUGGUAUGCUCUCAUCCAAAACCCUGACUUUAUUUACCUCCACCACGAUCGCGCCGCCUCCAUCGCCGUCGCCGGAAACACCGAUUGCCUCCUCGUUAAGCGAUUCCUCAACGGCGGCGAGGGCGGCGUCGCCUUGUCCUUUGUCCCCAAUGAAACCCCAGUUGAAGAUAUUUUCACUGGGCUUGAUAUUAAACAUCUACAAAUCUUGGGGCCGUGUAACGGCAUCGUUUGUCUCACCAGAUACGGUUCUAGUUCCCCUAUUGUGCUGUGCAACCCUUCAAUGAAAGAAUUUAGGGUACUUCCUCUGCCCUCUUACAAAAAUGACCAUAUGUGCAAUUUGGGAUUUGGGUUUGAUCCCUAUGCAAAUGAUUAUAAAGUGGUCAGAUUCGGCAUGAUGAGUACAGAUUUAUCCAUUAGGGGCGUUGAUGAAGCGAUUGAAAUGUAUGACUUGAGUACAGAUUCUUGGAGGGGAGUUGACACUGUUUCCCCUGUUGUGUCCGGUAUCGACUGUUUUUAUGAUUCGCAUGCAUCGUGGAAUGGGGAUUUUUUCUGGUACCCCUACCAGAAACAUGGUGGUCCAGUGAUUAUGGCAUUUAGGAUGAUCAACGAGGUGUUCGAAGAGAUGCCCUUGCCAGAAGUUUGCUUGUUAGACCAGCACAGUGAAAAGAAACUUUUCGUUUUGGACGAUUCCCUUGCCAUUGUUAUUUAUCCAAAGUGGUGGUCAAAUCCAUCUGUAUUUCCACCUGAGGAAUUUUUGUUGGAGAAGUCCUUUGACAUAUGGGUAAUGAAUGAAGAGGGUCUUGAGGUGUCGUGGACUAAAAAGUUCAGUAUCGGACCCUUCCAGGGACUCGAUUGGGCAUUGGGGUUUCGGCAUAAUGGCGAGUUCCUUGUGGAGAGCGGUUAUGGACAGAUGAUAUCGUACAACCUUAAUACUUGA